AUGCCCCUAACACCUAUUCGCGCUCAGGCACCUGGUACACCUGAGGCUAAGCACAAUGGCAACGUGAACCAGCGAACUCCCAACCGGGCCCAGAUCCGCAAGCGUCUGGAAGACUGUGCUGCAGAACACCCAAAGCAUCUAAUUACAGCAGCGGGACUUGCCAAGGCAAUACGUACAUUGGCAGCCAGAAACCAACAGGAUCAACAUGCUCUAAUCGCUCAGACAGGAUACCUUCAGCCGGCUCCAAAUCUGACCUCUAGUGCCAUCAAAGACUCUGGUAAGCGAGUUGCAGUCGCCAAUGAUGAUCUUGACCGAGAUAUCGUCUCAUCGCCCUUCAAGAAAUUCUGCAUCAACAAAGAUAAGAGCACUCAUGUGCCUCUUGGUGAGUAUGAUGUGACGACACCGCCUAGACGCAUUGCCGUUGCAAGAGAUAGCCGUCAUGAGGACACCAGCGAUGUUGAGGACACACCUCGCAUUCAAAAGUUCACACCUAUCAACAAGCCGCGGACAAACAUUACGGAUUCGGAGCACAUUGGAAAAAGAACUCCACUGCCGAGUAUAGCCAACCGGGGAGAAGGCCUGGGAUCCCCAAUCAAGCACGGCUCGCCCAUGCAUAGACACGGAGGUACCCCUUCAGGAUCAACGCCCUCACCCAUACGCCGCAACUUGGCAAGUGACAUCCCGACCUUUUCCUCCGGCACCGGUAUCACGCAACGCAAGGCUGCCCCUGCACGCCUGAAUCUCGAGCUUCCAGGUGCCGCACCGUUGACUUUCGUCAAUGAGGCUACCCAUUAUGUCGCUCUACCAGCAUACAACAGAGGUAUCCGAGUCAAGGUCGAUGAAGUACAGAAAAUCAUGGACAAUGAGGCACAGCGCACCGGAGAUAAGCUCGUAGCUCUGUUGAAGACGCCUAUAUAUAACCUGGAGCCUAAGGAUCUUCUAGGCCUGCCCGCGCAAUUUCCCUUCGUUGUAAAGCCGAUACCCAAGACACCUUCCUCGGCUUUUGCAAGAUUCUCGCUGGCUACACCUGCUACGGCCCAGUUCAGUGCCGACGCCAAAGUCCGAAGCAGGGCAGCUAAUGAUCGCGCGCAGUCUAGGAUUGCAGAGCAGGUCGGUACUGCUGCUGCGACAGGCAAGCCAUCUGCUUAUCGCUUCGUGCGUCGCAUGCGCCGCACUGACAGAAUUUUAGCAGCCUUGAACACGGGUCAUGGUGCCAUUCGCGAGAAGGACGUAACCAAACUGGUUUCAAUGAGCGGGUUUACCGCCAAGUCGACCGGUAGUUCACAACGGGAAAAGGACAAGCAUCCAUUCGACCUCAUAUCAGCACUCUCGCGGAUCCCGGAGCUCGCUAUGGGCGUGGCAUUGUUUCUUCCGCCGCGGGACGUCCUGACACUCUACUCUGUGUCCGUCCAGUUUCACACGCAGACCAACACAUAUCUCCAGUCCAGCAUCGCGUUUUGGACUCGUGAUUGGGCUCCCGAUGCUGCUCGAAUCUUCCGUUGGGAUCAGCACAAGGCAUAUGAGCACUUCGCAAUACAAGACCCUGCCGGUCGACAGUUGACAUUUCCGCUGCAGCUGACUUGGCAGAUUGCUGGAAACAACGAUGCCGCCUCUAGAAGUCCGUGGGUCAGAGACAAUGGCAGGCGAGUACCCAGCAUUAAAUGGUAUCAGAUGGUUGCUCUUCGCGACGAUAUCGCCGCAGACAUCCUCGCACAUCUUGCCCGACAGGGCUUCCGAUGCCCCAAAGGAACCAAGGCCUCACUUCUGAAGAUGUGGAUGGUCAUGGACCUCCCCACCAAUGAACAGCGCCGCGGUCUGCUUGCCCGCCACGAUGUCUUCUCGGACCUGGAUCUCGUCAAUCUCGUCAUCCUCAUCACCAAACUUGCAUUCCGCCUAAACGACCCGAUCUACGGCCCCGAGACCACGGACCUGCUCGAGCUCAUGCUUGGUCAGAAAUCCCUCUACUCGCUCUGGCAGAUGCUGUUCGGCCACAACUAUCGCGACCACGUCUCGUUGAUACAGUGCAAGAUCCGUUACGAUCUCGGCUCGGGCUGGCAUCUCGGCAAAUUUCAGCUCACCGGCCUCCUUGACCCCAAGUAUAUGCGACCCUACGCACCUCCCGUCCUAGGCGUCCCGGCCAACCAGAUUGGCCGCUUACACCUCGAGCACUGGGGCGAGAAGGGCGUCAUGGUCCCCGCCCUGCUGCGACCCUCCGAGUGCAUCCUGGCCGAGGGCGCUCGAAGACAGCUCAAGCUCGACGAGCACCUCAUGAGCCUCGUGAUCUGGGGUCAUGUCGAUCAAGCCACCGGCCGAAACGUCGCCCCGUCCGAGGACGAGAUCUGGAUGCGCGAUGCCGAGUACAAGAACCGUGCUAUCAACACCAGUGCUGAGCUCACACCCUUCCACUGCCGCCGCGCAAGAUGGGACGAGCUCGACGAGCGCGGUCGCAAGAGGAUCCUGUUGGCCCAGGAGGUCCGCGAAGAGGGUAUCUACAAGUGGGACGACCGGAAGUACGACGAUCGCGACCUGACUUUCGAAGAGAACCGUGAUGUCAACAAGAAAAUGACGGAGGCUUUGCAGUCCUCCGCGGGUGUGGAUCUUGAUGACCCUAGCUUCAGAGUCGACGCCGAUGGCAACGAGAUCGCGCCCGAUGCCGCCUCUCCUUUCGCCCCCGGUAUCGUGACCGCUGGUUUGACCAAAGCUCGAGAGUAUAUCCACCACGACAAUGGCGGCGGCUACGAGUCCGAUUCGAGCGUCGACAGCCUUGAGGCUACCAUAGAGGUCAACGACAACAGCAAGGUGCAGUACGCAUGGGAGCCGUUGCUGGAGGACCACAUCAUGCACAUCCCUCGGACGACUGCGCUUCCCGCCCCCAACUUUGGCGAUAUCUAUGGCACAACUGAUGACGAGGAAACGGAUCAAGACGACGAUGGAGAUAUCCCGGGAGAUGAGGACUAUGGACGCGAAUCCGACAUCGAGUACGAGAACAUCUGGGACAUGUGGGAGGAGAUGGAGCUCAAAGUGUUCACAUCCCUCUUUGACGACGGUGUCGAUGAAUACAUGGACACGUAG